AUGGACGAACUUGUGGGCGAGAUCGGAGAGUUGAGGGGUUCGAAGAAGCUGGGAAUCGGGGAUGGAGGUCCCGCAUGGUAUUUCUCCCGCCAGCGUGUAAUCUUCGUUACUUUGGCAGUGGCUCUUCUGGGAGUGGUUGGUGCCACUUCUCUGUCCAGGACCUACUUGCCUCCUCAGGUGCAACAUCAGGUGGUCUCGAUUCCUAGGGUUCAGCAGCAGAUCAUCCAGCGGCCACAGAACACCUAUUUGCCCCCUGCUCCUCGUGUGGUGCCCCAAGUGAUCCCGUCUUACCGUCCUGCCCCACAAGUGAUCUCGGUGCCUGCCCCCCGCAACACCUAUCUGCCACCUCCCCAAGUGAUUUCGCGUCCCGCACCGCAGGUGGUAACCAUUUCUCGUCCUGCCCCACAAGUGAUCUCAGUGGCUGCUCCUCGCAACACUUAUUUGCCACCACCCCAAGUGAUUUCUCGGCCUGCACCACAGGUGAUCUCCGUGCCACGGAACACCUAUCUGCCACCCGCACCCCGCAACACCUACCUGCCACCCCAGUGA